UGAUGAAUAUUCAUAGCAAACUAAAGAUGCAGAACGAGGAAAGCUGUGAACUUUUAGUGAAGUGAUGAGUGGACGAUUUCAUAUUAAAAUAGAGAAGAAGACAAGUCCUCAGAAACAACCAGAUUCUUCUUCAGCCAACUUCAACAAGUGAGGAAAUAGACAAAGACGAUGAUACGUCACCUGCGCAUGAAGAAACAACACGAGAGCGUCCAAUGGAUUAACGAGCCUCAGUCUGUCCCUGUCUCAGGUGUCUCCAGGUUCACACGUUUGAUGGUUCCUGCUGUCUCAGCGACAGUCUUCCUGAUUCUGAUCAUAAAUCUGGGAGUUAGCUUGUCGGAGACGUUGAAGCACCUGUCGGUCACUGACUCUCUGAGCAGGAGUCUUACUUCGAUCAAAUGUUCCCUCGAACAAAUCAUCAACAACAGCUCAGGGUUGGACGGUUGUUGUCCUCCUGAUUGGAAACUCUCUGGCUUGAGUUGUUAUUUCUUCAGCCGUUCAGCUUUGUCCUGGAAUGAUUCCAGAGCCUGGUGUGAGGACCAUGAAUCUCACCUGGUCAUACUCUCCUCGGACAGGGACUGGGACUUCGUGACCCGUCACACAGUUCCAAAUUUUUUCUGGGUGGGUCUGAGUGAUUGGAGAACUGGAACGUGGGAGUGGGUGGACCAGACUCCGUUCUCCAUGGACCACAGACGGUGGCGACCCGGUCAGCCUGACAACUGGACCGGUCACAGGCUCGGGCCCGGAGGCGAAGACUGUGCUCACCUGGACUGGAACGGACGCCUCAACGACCUGCACUGCUCCAAAAAGAUGCGGUUCAUCUGCCAAAAGCUCAGCGGUGACCCCUGAGCAAACCGCUCGGCUCCGCCCACGCAAGUGUUCACAGAUAAAAAACAUAGAAUUAUCAGUGACGAGCGGCUGUCAGAACCAGAUAUAAAACAGAACCAAAUAUGUCUGACGUUAUAAUAAACCGUUUGGAAAAUAAGUGUUUUCUCCCUUUUGUACAAAAUGCAGUGGAGUACACAAAGCUGCCAACUUGAAAGACGAGGAGAUUCCUCCGCCCCUCGCCUGCAUGUUCUCCACAUGUUCCUGCUGCUGCUCCACAUUAGAAACACAAUGUGUUUUUCUCCGUCAAUCUCGAGUUUCAAGUCUUCUUCAACACAGGAUGUUCAUUUUGUAAAUUAUGGUCUAGUAAGUUUCAAAAAGAGCAUAAAGCUAGUGAUGGCGAGAUGAAGCAGUGACGCUUUCCAUCCAAUUGGUUCACUCAUGGGCUGAAGCAUCAUGGGGCUUCAUUUGCUCUACUGCAUCAUCAAGUGGUCAAUACAUGUAAAACAGGCAGAGUGAGUAUAAUGACACCAAGGCUUUGGUGUGAAGCUCUGAAUUGAUUAAAUGAAUGUAUGAUGUUUGUGAUGCCAAUACAUAAAUUAUGAACUCAUUAA